UUUUCCUUCCUCUGAGCAGAACGUUCCCCAACAUGGCUGCUGCAGAGCAGUAAAGGCUCGGAAGUCCAUCUGUAUUUCAGAGAAAAACAUAUUUUGAAAAGGAUAUCAGCAGCGACUUGAAGAAAACGAAAGACUUCUACAUGAAUGUUAUGAAGAGGGCCACUGUGCUGCAACUAGUCAACAAUCAAUCGUCGCAAAAAUAAAAAAAAACAUAUUCCAGAGUCCCCUGCCUCUCUCUGCUGGUCACUGCUGGUUUCAACGUGCUUCCUGUCACACUGGCAGAAGAGGUAGGGCAGCAGGUGUUGCCAGGUGGAGGACGAAGACUGCACCCUCCUGCCAUCUCCAACUCCCUCCUUCCAUAUCUGAGCCACCUCACCUGCAGCUUCCACGGGUGGAGGAUUGAGAACCAUCCAGCCAGGACCCUCAAGUGUGACAGGGCUCUGCCAGGUGGCGUUGGCUGGUUGAUGAGCGGAGCAUGUUGAGUGGUUGUGGUUGCCAUGGAGCUGCAGGAUAAGAAGCAGGAGGAGAAUGCUGUGCCUCUGGGCCUUUCCACUGGCCAGGCUCUGGUGAAACUACGGGAUCAGCUCAGUAGCCUGCUGGAGCAGCACCAGAGGACUUCCCGCAGACGAGCCUCAGUGCCAGAACAGUGGGUGAGUAGCUUCCUUUACCAUGGCAACCGUCACUCCUGUCUCCAUUGGCCGGGAGCUGCACUCACUCUGCUGGUGGUGCUAGGACUCUUCUGUUGCCAUGGCAGCCAGCCAAAGGGCAGUUCUGGUAUAGAGCUGAUGAACGCUGCAGCUCUCCUUCUCCUCUUCCUGCUGAAUCUGCUGCUGGUUGGACGUCAGGAAAGGCUGAAGAGAAGCGAGAUGGUGCGUCGUCUCAAAAGCAUCAUCACUCAACUCAGUGACUACUUGUCAGGGUGUGUGGGUGAAGUGCGGUGGCCUUCCUCUCUUUACCCUGACCUGUACACACCUUCGUCCCCUUCAUGGUCCCUUCAUUGGACCUAUCGUGACUCUCAGCUGCUUAACCUGCCUGUUAGCCUUCUGGUGGAAGGAGAUAUCAUUGCUCUGAGACCUGGCCAAGAGGCGUUUGCAUCACUAAGAGGUAUUAAGGAUGAUGAGCACAUUGUUUUGGAACCAGGAGAUUUAUUCCCUCCAUUCUCUCCUCCUCCUUCCCCACGGGCCAAUGAGAAGAGAGGACCCCAAAGCCCUCAGCAACACCGUCUCUUCAGAGUGGUCCGGACUCCAGUACUAGACGCUGUCAGGAACAGUUUAGAGCUGGCACUGUCUCGACCAAUCACAGUGCUCGAUAAUGAGAGGUUUACAGUGCAGUCGGUCAUCACCAAGCUAGUCUGUCCUGUUGUGCUGGUGGCAUUCCUGCUUGUAAACACCAUCCGUUAUUUUUGUGAUGCCCCCAGCCUCACCCCUGUCUGCUACAAUUUCUUUCAACUUCAGCUGAUGGGUGUUCUGCCCAUCUUGCCCUUGCUCUUCCCUGUCAUGUGGGUGCUGGUGAAUGCCUUCGGAGAGGCCAGGGUCCUUGCAGAGUUCAGCCGUGCGUCACCAGCUGGCCUGCUUGCUAAGUUCUCUGAGGACACUCUAAGCAGCUACACCGAAGUGGUUUCCUCCCAGGAGAUGCUGCGUUGUGUGUGGAGGCACCUCAUCGGCGUUCUAAAGGGAGAAUCUCAGACACUCUGCUAUACUUCAAGCCUUUUACACACCCUGGGAUCUGUCACUGUGCUAUGUUGUGUGGACAAGCAGGGUAUCUUGUCGUGGCCUAAUCCCAGUCCGGAGACUGUGCUGUUCUUUAGUGGACGAGUGGAACCCCCUCACAACAGCCAGGAUGAUCUCAGAGACGACCUGUCUGUCAACUCCUACUGCCGAAUGGAGAUGGAUGAUGAUAGGGAUGAGGCUCAGGAGGCAGAGGCUCUGCUCUGUCUACCAGCAGAGUCCUCCACCCAGCUGGCGGAAGGGCCUGAGCCCAGUGAGACGUCACAUGACACAGCUCGCUCGUCUGACACACUCAGACUUCGGAGAUCCUGCCAGCCUGCACACACUCGCGUCAAGCACCACUCUGGAUCCAAUGUGAGCUUCAGCCAUGACACUGAGGGAGGCGAGGACGACCAGACCCAGGAUUUUGUGAUGGGGUGCCCUGAAGCGGAAGCUGAUGACUUUGUGUGUGACUACCAUCUGGAAAUGCUGAGCCUCUCGCAGGACCAGCAGAACCCAGCCAGCAUCCAGUUCGAUGACCUCUCCUGGCAGUGCCACCUGCCCUCUCUCAAGCCUUUGGGCCUCAACAUCAUGCUGAACCUAUGCAAUGCCAGUGUCACUCAGCAGCUCUGCCGCUUCUCUGACCACCUGUCCAACUUAGCUUUGCAGGAGAGCCAUGGCACCGUGCUGCCCGUCUAUGUCCCCUGGGGGCUCUGCGAGCUCUCCAGGCUCAUAGGGUUCACUCCGGGUGCGAGGGAGCUGUUUAAACAGGAGAAUCACUUGGCUCUGUACCAGCUACCAUCAGGAGAGAAAACCAAGGAGUUCACCUCUCGCCGCCUGCAUUACUUCACCAAGCGCCAGCCUCCCAUCUCACACCUCAUCUCACUGUUCGUACGAGACUCUUCCUCCAAUAAUGUCCAGAUGUUGUCACAUGGUUCAGCCGAUCUUAUCCUGGAGGCCUGCACUGACUUCUGGGAUGGAACUGACAUCUACCCCCUUUCAGGUUCAGACAGAAAAAAGGUUCUGGACUUCUACCAGCGUGCCUGUCUGUCAGGUUACUGCUCAGCUUUUGCCUACAAACCGAUGCAAGUAUCUCUCUCCUGCCAACUGAAUGGGAAGUGUGUGGAGCUGGCCCCUGGCCCCUGCCUCUUCUCUGGGGUGGAGCUGCCCUCUACCACCCCCAUUAAACACAACUCAUGCAGGAACAGCUGGAGCUCAGACGAGGGUAUCGGUGAGGGCGUGGAGCGUGAGGACUGUGUUCAGGCCCUGAGCGGGCAAAUCUUCAUGGGCAUGGUGUCGUCCCAGUUCCAGGCGAGAUUGGACACAGUCCGUCUAAUUGAUGCCCUGGUCACUGCUUGCAUUCGUUUUGUUUACUUUUCCAUGGAGGACGAACUGCGCAGCAAGGUGUUUGCAGAGAAGAUGGGUUUAGAGACAGGCUGGAACUGUCACAUCUCUCUGACUCCAAAUGGAGACAGUCCCUGUGAUGGAGCACCCUCCAGCCCCAGUCAGGGAUCACUGCAUGAAGACCUGAACCAAGAUUCUCGGGAUGAAGCAGAAGGUCCACUGCUGCCAGAAGAGGAAGCCCACUCUGACCUGGCCAGUUUCCAGCCUACAGACAGCGAUGUACCCAGCUUUCUGGAGGACUGCAACAGGGCCAAAUUACCUCGUGGAAUCCACCAGGUUCGUCCUCAUUUGAAGAACAUUGAUAAUGUGCCUCUUUUGGUGCCACUCUUCACUGACUGCACCCCUGACACCAUGUGUGAGAUGAUGAAGAUAAUGCAGGAGAACAAGGAAGUGACCUGCUGUUUGGGAAGCUCUGCUAAUUUCCGCAAUAGCCGCCUGUUCUUACAGAGUGAUCUCAGCAUCGCUUUGGACCCUCUGUAUCCAUCUCAGUGUUCAUGGGAGACUUUUGGCUAUGCCACUGGAGGAGGAUUUAAUGGAGAUGCUGAGGGACUGUCUCCUCUGAGGCUGUCCGGACAGCUCAACAGUAUGGGCUGCUCCGUCACCUUCCACCAAGGAGAGAGCGUCAGCAUUGUCAAGCUCAUAGAGCAGGCACGACACACAACCUAUGGAAUUCGUAAGUGCUUCCUGUUCCUGCUGCAGUGUCAGCUCAGUCUCGUCAUCAUCCAGUUUUUAGCCUGUCUAGCCCAGCUUCCUCCUCCCUUGAAUACCACUGACAUCCUCUGGGUGUCCUGCUUCAGCUGCCCUCUGCUAAGUGUUUCACUGUUGGGGAAGCCACCUGACUGUUCAGUUAUGACCGUUGCCACAGGGAAGAACCUGGACGCGAUCCCAAGGAAGACUCAGAACUACUUCCUUGGCUGUUUCCUGUUAAAGUUUGGUGUGACAGUGUGUGCCUACCUGGUGGCCUUUGGGUUCACCCUGCAGGCGAUCUGCCCCCAAGGCACUAACUUGACCUUCACUGACAACACCUCUGUCGCCUGUAGCUGCAUAUUUACAACCAGUUCUUCAGAUGAUGCUCUUCAGUGGUUUAAUGAGCUGUCUAAUGGCCUACUGCUCACUCAGAAGGUCAUGGCAGGGUUCCUCGUCUUACACACAGUGGUGAUCUCCCUCAGCUAUGUCCACCGUUCCCAGCCUCUGUGGAGAAAGAGUCCAUUCAGCAAUACCUGGUGGUGUCUUACUGUACCUGUGGUACUGCUCAGCCAGAUUGUCCAAGCCACCGUGGAUUUUCAGUUGUGGCGCAACCAGGACAGUCUCCUGACCUUUAACCUCGGAAACAUCCCGCUGGAAGCCUGGCUGCUGGUCUCUCUCUCCCCUUUACUGGUGAUGGUGGUCAACGAAGUGGUGAAGCUACAUGAGAUUCGGGUGCGAGUUCGUUAUCAGAAGAGACAGAAGCUGCAGUUUGAAACAAAGCUGGGGAUGAACUCUCCAUUCUGAUGAAUUCCCUCUGAAGAAAUUGGUGUCUUGGCAAUAUUGCCAACUAGUUGGUCCUUCGGGAGACCAGGAAAGGGUCGUACUUUCGUACCUGCUCUUACCACCUUGGCCCAGCUGCCCUAUAGCUUUCAGAAGGAUCAAAUAUCCAGCAGAUGUUACAGUGGGGGCUCAUGUUUACACUCCUGGGUGUGUUUUCUUAAAGCUGUCAAUGAGCUAUGUGAAGGGCGGGAUAAAGGAAGAUUCCAAAGCAUUAAUUUCCACUAAAAAGAAAAAGCCAAAAUAGGUAACUAUUUGUCAACUGGUUUUAGUUAGAUUUUUUGGCAUGAGGAAUGUUCUCUAAACAGAUUAAUUACUUCCUCGCUCAUCACUGCAGUUCUUCAUCACUGAGAAAAUUUUGCAUGGUUUCUCUCAUCUCCAGGAUUUCCCCAUGUACCAAACAGUCCACCAAAUAGUGCUUCAUUUUCAAACUUAUUUUGAUGUGAAGUUGAUUUUAAUUUUAUCCACUGACAUGCAUUGAAUUGUGGCAUAUAAUUUUAGCAGUCCAACAUUGAUUCAUUUGAACAUAAUGUCAAUGUGUCUUCUUUAAAUGGAAACACAGGACUGAAAAGGAACGACAGUGUGUAACUAUGGAACUCCAAAGUGUGCAAUAAUCAUGACAUAAAUCAUUAUUUGAAUAAAUGUGUAAAAACAGCAGUAAUUUGUGAAUUUAAGAAGUUAUUUAAAUAUCUUGCUGUUAUUACACAUUUGAAAAACUGCUUUUACAUUUUGUCUUUUAAUGACAGUAGUGUCUUCACUGUCUGCUCACCUUUCAGACAGUAGCACGCUGCUUCUUUCAUUUGCAGGCUAUCGCAGUUAGUCAGUGAACUCCUUUUCCUGUUCCUUAAACAGAAAAAAGCUGUAUAUGCUACCUACCUAGCUAGGCAGGGUUCUGAGCUAAGCUCAUUACUGUAGUAUAAAAAUGGAGAAAUAGUUUUACCAGCAAUCAGUAACAUAAGUCACAGUUACCUUGGCUGUGUGUUGAUUAUAAAGAAAUAAAUAGUUGGCUGACUGACAAUUAUUUGCUCUAGCUAACAGGAAAUCUGGCAGUAGUUGUUGUAAGGAAGGAAGGGGUCGAAAGGUGAGAAAGUGAAAGUGCCAUUAUAAAAGGUGUAAAAGGUAAUGUUAUGCGAUAAACUUGACAUGUAAUCUUUUAUUUUCUAAUGUCUCUUUUCAUCUGAUAUUGCGCUUUUUGCGGUUCCAUAUGUAACACAGGAUAGGGUGUUACUACUACCUCUAAAAAAAAUGUGACAAGCUUUUUUGUUCCUUUCUGUAAUUCAGCCACAUUUUAAUCUGCUAGCCUGCAAGACAAUGCUCUCCAUUAUUUUAUUGUAUUUUGCAAUAAAUGUCCUUUACUGUAACUUUAUUCCUGAGCUAAGCUGGGAUUACGUCUGCUGCACUACAAAAAGGAAUGAAGGAUUGAAUUGCAUCGUUUUAUGCGCAUGUAUCUACAGUCAUCUUGCAAGCCCUUUCCUAAGUGAUGGGCUUACUCAUCACUUAGGAAGAAACAUGCUCCUUUGGGUUUGCUAACAUACCAGGAUCUUAUGAAAGGUGCUUUAUGUCAUUCAGUUGCCUUCUGUCUUAGCCUUUCUGCUUUUUUCAUCUGUCAAAACCUCAACAGAUUGUAGCUCAGGAUACUGUUUUAAGUAGAAAAGACUGAAUAGCUAAGUGGAGUUCUUCAACAUAUUUGUUAAGAUUACCCCAGAAUUCAUAUUUGACCUGCUUGGCUGACCAACCUGUCAUCGAUAUUUCACUCCUAAAACUCUUCAGGUGUCUGAGCUAAUGUGCAGGCGUCUAUACAUUUGGUUUCAAACCUGUGGAUUAAUGGUUUGUGUGCAGCAUCAGCAGCAGACGUCUGUGUCAUUGAUGAUCAGUCAGACCAGCCUUUAGUGUGGUGCUGUCAUUAUUUCAGAUGAAUGUUUUUUUUAAAGAUUGCAACUAUAUACUGGGAGUGCAUUGUUUCAGAACUAAAUACCAACUUUUUCACAUCAGUAUGGAACAACAAAAGUCAUUCUUGUCAGGGCUAUACUAACCAGCUAGGAGGCCCAGAGCCCCUAAGCAGUCAGCUUCACAAAUUAUUUCCCAGAAGACAUAUUACACCCAGAUAUAUAUCUAUAUUUUGACAUAGAGUUAUAUAUUCUGUAAUAGAGGGAAAUAUUUUCUUUUUUAUCAUUUGAAUUAAUUCAGAAAGCCAGUGACAUUUACAUAUUACAUGUCACAAGUUUUCCUGAUUUUUUCAAAUGUUCUUUACUGUAAGAAGCAGUUGUGACAGGAUUUAUGGACAUUCCCCAUCCCUUUUUCUAAACAGAUUUGCAGGCAAUAAGAUGAACACCAACUGACAGACGAUAAACCUGGGGCUUUUGUAGCCCCUCAAAUUCUAAGGCGUGUUGGUAAUCCAGUCUUAUUUCCUGUCCGCUUGCUGCGUAUCCUAAGCUAAAGUUUGAUCAAUCAUAGCAUCUGGGUUCCACAUCAGGGCUGUAGCUACCGUUCAUGACAUUGAGGUCAUGUCGUUUAUCUGGGAAUUUGGAGGUUUUACCGUUUUUUGGUUUUUUUGUCCUGUUUUUAUUCACUGACUUGCAGGGGAUAUUUUACACACUGAGUUCACAGACAUUGUAUUAAAAGCUCACUGAUUUUAGGCCAACAAUAAAUUUUAAAAAGAAAUCAUUUCCUCACCAGUUUCUUGUGAUGUGGAGAAGGCCUUAAAACUAAAUGUAAAUACAUUUUUUGUGUGUGCGUCAGUGGUGGGGGGGUUGAUUCAUGACCUCAGUAUUUAAAACCUGGCUGCAGCCCUGCUUUCUUUUUACAUAUGUGCCUGUCUGUAGUUGUUCCAUAGCUAAAAAUGCUCCUUCAGGUUCCACAUUUAAGGUGGGAGGUGUAUGUGAGUAGGUACAAGUAAAGACGUGCAGAAGCGCAAUCUUAUUCACUGGUUUUAUCGCACUAAAGUAGUAGUGGUCACUUGUGGAUGGACAAAAUAGUCGGCAUGAAACUACUGAGAAUGGAUUUAUGACAAUACAAUGCAACAAGAAAUUAUACAUGACUGCAUUUUUUUGGUCUGCCCUAUUUUAUACUUUCCUCUUUUCUAUCAUGACAAAUGUAUAGACUAUGCUGCAUGAAUAAGAUCCUGUGAAUGCUCUGUCUUGAUCAAUGUACGCAUUCUUUAUAGUUCUACUUUUCUGUUCACAGCACAAAUGAACUCAGUCAGCAUGGACUUCAUACUGUGUGUUAGCAGGCCUCUGGUUGAGUAGAUAUCAAGCACAUGCUUGGAGCCGAAGGUUAGGGGUGUGGGCUGAUGGACAAUGGUAUAGUUGUUCACAAGACACACAGAUGGAUAUUUUGUAUUUUUUAAAGUAUGUUCAAACUUUUGACAGAUUUGUGUAUUGAUUGUCAUGUAAUAAAUAUGUUCUUUUAUUUAUACAA